CCAGUCCGCCCGCGUCGUAUAUAAAGGCGCGCGUCGCCGGGGAAGGCACAGUUCCCUGCACCUCUGAGAACGUGCCAUCCACACGAUGAAGCUGCUGAUUGUCUGCGCCCUGGUGGCCGUGGCCGCCGCCGCGAAGCUGGAGGGCCUCGAGAAGGAGCCGAUCGCCAUCGUCCGCAUGGACAGCACCAGCGACGAGGACGGCUCGUUCCAGUACUCCUUUGAGACGGCCAACAAAAUCCAGACCGAGGUCCAGGGCCAGCUGAAGCAGAUUGGCGAGGAGUUCGGCACCACCAUGCAGGGCAGCUACAGCUUCGUCACCCCCGAGGGCCAGACCGUGCAGAUCUCGUGGGUGGCCGACGAGAACGGCUUCCAGCCGGUCGGUGACGCCAUCCCCGUCGCGCCCCAGGCCUAGGUGCCGCCUCCCACCAUCGACCGUCGCCUCCCACUGACCGUCCGCCAUGCCGGGUCCCCGUCGGCUGUCGGGCGUCCCACCGUCAUCCCCAGCGGCCUGCCGCCGCCCUCUCAUGUUGAACGUCAUUUUCUCGAAUACACACGCCCGAUGAGUC